AUGGCUGAGGUCUCUGCGCCGUUCGCCUCUCAUUCGGCCUCGGAAACUGGGUACCGUCCUGUGCACUUCUACUUCCUCCGACACGCAGAAGGCUCGCAUAACCGAGCCGUGAAAGAAAGGAAGCCAGGGCAGAGCCGGAAGAGCGUGUUUGCUUCCGCCGCACACUUCGACGCGCGGCUCUCCUGCGUUGGGCGCGCGCAGUGCACAGCCGCAGCCUCGGCGAUGCCCGCGCCGCUGCGGCUGGCGCUGAAGGAGAGUCUCGGGUUCGGCGUGGAGGACGCGGCUGCCGAGCCUGACGCUGCACGCCGGGUCUCGGAGGCGCAGGCGAAACAGGCGCUGACGGAGAGCCCGACAGCGCGCGAGGACGAGCCGCAGAGCCCAAACGUGAGCGCAGCGAAGCAGGCAGAUGCGGCAGGCCAGCCAGCCGCCGGCGGGGCGCAGACGCAUGCAGCGACUUCCUCCUCUGUGGUGCUCUGCACCUCGACGCUCAGGAGGUCGCUCGAGACGGGUCAUUUGGUGCUGCAGGGGGCGGUCAAGGGCCUCAAAGCUGAGGAAAACGGGUGUGCGAGGGGAGGGACUUCGCCCGAGUCGGGAGACGGUUUGCCUCAGGCAGUGGCGAACGCAGGAGACGCAGAGGACUGCCUAGCGCUGCAGACUGUUCGCACCUUCGCCCUCGAGGACCUGCGCGAGUGCAGCGGCGGCGGGCACAUCUGCGACGGCAGGAGCAGCACCCAAGAGCUUCGAAAGUUCUGUGAGCCGCGUUUCGCGGACGUUUCCUUCGUCGUGCCUCAGGAAGACGAUCCGCUUCCUCCGUCCAUGCCCAGGGAGUCGCGCGCGGACGUCGAGCGUCGCUGCGUCUCCUUUCUGCGGUUUGUCUUCUCGCUGGCGCGCUCGGCGGACUCGGCUUCGUCCUGCACGGAGCGGAAUCGCGGCGCGACGCGCCCGCUGGAGCCCUUCGCGCCCGCCGCGUCGACGCCUCUCCACGUGUUCUGCAUCGUCCACAGCGCGUGGACGCGACACUUCUUCUCCCUCCUGGGCAUGUUCGACCCGCCGGCGCGCGGCCUGCGUAACUGCGAAUGGCGUUCCUUCACAACCUCUGCCAAGUCCCUCGAACGCGCGCUGGAGAAGCUCUCGCAGCCCUCGUCAGGCCUAGCGGCGUCUCUCGCGGGCGCGUCAGCCUCUUCGGAGUUUCCGCUGCUCUUGCCGGCAAGUCCUCUGGCAGGCGCGGGUUCGAGCGACGCCUCGCACCGCGCCCUGCAGUCGGUCGACGCCUUCACCCGCUGCGUGCCGCGGGACUUCUUUUCGCUUCUCAUUUUCCCGCCGACAGCUUUGCAGCGGAGCACUUCUGCUGCGGCCUCAGCGGCCCGUGAGGAUUCUGCCACAGCGGAGGACGCGUCGCAGGCGGCUGUGGAGCGGAUUCUAGACUGGGCACGCAAGUAUCGGUAUAUGCCGUCACGGCAAUCGAGAUCAUGCGCGCCUCGGAGUGGAGACACAGAAGGAGAUUUGACAAGUCACACGGGCGAGAGGCCUGGACUCAGCGCAUGCCGCGGCGAGGCGCAUCCCGCUGUGUUCGAGGCCCUUGCACCAGAGUUUGAAGAGAAGGCGGCGGCCAUGAGAAUUCUCGAAACAGAGGAAGGAGAAAGGAGAGAAGUCGUCACAGAUGCGACCUGGUGCUUGAGCGCGGUCAAGGAAGAAAGGGAAAACGGCAAAUGGGAGCUGAUUGCGAAGGAGCGCGUUCACCGCCAGACAUGCGUCCUCGUUGUGCUGCCUCUGGAGUGCGGCAGCAGCGAUCCAGAAGGCGCCACGGCAGUCGACGCGCGAGAGGAGGAAAUCUCGCAGAUCUCUUCGUACUUGCUGCCUCAUACUGCCGGCUCCAGCGACGUCUACCGGCUCGACAUUCUCUCUCUCUAG